CGGUGACCCAGGUACGGAAUACCUAUCGUAAUCCGUGUAUUUCUAUAUAAGAACUAGGUUACCGUCAGAUCGGAGCGAUUGAUAGGAGAGACAGCGCGAGAUGUUGAGGGAGAGUGCGUGUCGUCGCGAACGAGGCUUCUCGCGAUCUCGCUCCUUCGUUUAAUUCGGGCAUUUUUGAUAGUCGCAUCAACGAUUUUCGUUCCUGUCUUCUGUCUCUCUCUCUCUCCUUCCCUCUCUCUCUCUCUCUCUCUGUCUCUCUCUACCUCUGUGUAUGUGAUUUUCUGUGCAUGUGUAAUCGUUUCUCGAUGUCUCCCGAUCCUGCACGGAGACAGUAAGCAAAACAGCAGUUACCUAUCGAAGGGCUGUCGUGUUGUGUCAACGUAACCCACGGCAGCAGCACCAUCACAGUUACCAUCACCAUCACCAUCACCACUACCAUCACCAGCACCACCAUCAUCAUCAUCACCGUCUACCGACGCCUCUUCAGUAAUUAAACCAAACAAAAUGGACACCGAGAUAACGAUUGAACGAACAUUCGUGUGGUAGCCUCCCUCUCGUUCUCUCCGUCUCUGUCUCUCCUCUCCCCCUCUUCCCCCUUUCUCGCAUCUACCUGUUUUUUUUUCUCGUUUUCUUUAGAUGGACCUCGGAAGAGAGACAUGGGAUCGCCGUUCGUACAAUCGCAGCAAGAGUUUGUAUUUACCAUGGGCACGUUACUGGCUAUAGAAGAGAUCGUACAAUAUUCUCGCAAUCCUGAAAUGGGGACGAAGAGUCCUUCAGCGUAGACAUGGACUACGAUCUGUUUGGUGAAGAUGUCAGUGGCUCGAUGCUCGAGGCUCUUCCUGAUCUCGGAGGGAACGAUCAUUUCGAUCCUGCGCCUGCGAAUAAUCCCGUAGCGGUGUCAAGGGACGGUCUGAAUUCUGGCCCUAAUGGAGGAGGGAGUUACAUUAAUCAAUCUUAUAACAUUUCUCAAGAAUCUCCGAUACAGAAAUUAACCUCAUUCGGCGGAUCUGAAUUUGGUAGCUCGAAUCAAUUGCAAAAUCCGUCGCAGCGCACUAUGUUUAACCAAAAUCUCGGUACGUUCGAUAGUAGCACCACACCUCAGCGUGCUAUGGUGCCAGGCGCCUUUCAAAAUCAGACCCGCAAUAUUGCACCGCAACAACACAGGGGGCCUCAUCCAGGUAGCGCCACUCAGUAUCCUAGCUACAAUGACAAUAUGUACUCUAUGGAGCAGCAACACUCGAUGGCUAGAGCCAAUAUGAGUAUCGACCCCAGCCAACAAGGCUGGCCGGGUAAUGGAAGCGGAUACCCGCAAAUGCAGAGGCAUUACAAUCAAAUGGCUCCGCAGCCUGGCACGUACAGGCAACAUAUGCCACCGCAGUAUUCUCAUCAGCAAGAUCAAGCUGGCGUUAUUAAUCAAAAGAUGCAGCAACAACAGCAGCAGCAGCAGCAACAACAACAACAUUUCGGUAGUCAACAGGGAAUGAUAAGCAACAUGGGAGUUUUGCACCAAUCGAUGCAAGCCGGAGCGACCAGUGGUGUCUAUCAGCAUUUAACUGUCGGUCAGCAACAACAUUAUCAACAAGGUAAUUCGGUAGCAGCGAUGUAUCAAACGUCUCCUGGGUAUCCUGGUUUCGCCUCUGCCAUUCAUCAGCAACAACAGGCUCAGCCAGCGCCUCAAGCGAGAAUGCCGCAUCAUCAUCCAACGCAUCCGACACAUCAACCGCAUCCGUCUCAUCCUCAACAGUAUCCUCAGCAUCCCCCUCAGCAUCCGAACACGCAGCAACAACCAACGAUGGAUCCUCAAUAUCCUCAUCAUGCUACUUCGAUGUUCAAUCAGCCGCAGCACUCGGCGCCGCCGCCGCAACAAUUCGGUACGGCAGCGACAGCUAAACAUUCGACGAGUCCUCAGUAUCGCGCCGCGUUCCCCCAAUUGUCGCCGCAGAUGUCACCACGACCACAAAUGUCGCCACGUCCGCCCGCGGUGCAGCAGCAGAUGUCGCCUCGACCCAUCAUGUCGCCCGCCAAGCCUACCCUAUCGCCGCAUCCUCAUGUUCAGCUUCCUCAUCAGCAGGGUAAUCAAUCCAACGCUAUGUCGGUAUCUCCGUGUCCACCUACGUCUAUGCAAAUGAAUCCGUCAUCGCAACAGCAACAGACUACUCUGCAGGCCCUCGAGCAGAUGGUGAUGCCAGGAGUUGCCGUUUCAAAUUCUAGCGUUCCCACGCCGGAUCAGUAUAAUCAAUUUCAAACGCGUCCGCCAAUGUCGCAAACGCCAAGCGUUUUGCCGCAACAAUCGACGGCGCAGAGUCCGAUGCCGGCCCAAGUCGCGGGGCCUAGAAUGCCGAUGCCCACUCAAUGGCAAUCGCAUCCGCAGCAACAACAGCAGCAGCAAUCCCAAAUUAGGCCAAAUAUCGGCGUUAAUGAGGAUAGAAGCGGCGUAGUCGAGCCUCAACAGAUGCCGAUAGUAUCCGAGCAGAGCGCUCCAAUGUUUCCCGUUACUGGACCGGAAGCUGCUAUGCAUAGUGCUGCGGAAACUGCGACAACAACGAGUACAACGACAACGAGAGAACCGGCGACGACAACGGAGAACAUUGUGCAAAACCCGAUCGAAACCCCGAAGCAACCGGAACCUGAGUCUUCUUUGCAUCAGAACGUUCAGCAGAGUCAACAAUUGGACACAGCUGCGCAACUUGGUCCACCGCAAGUAGAUACUUCGGCGCAAAAUAACUCGCAGAACCAAUUAACUUUAGAUCAUACGUCUACAGCAGGAAAUAUACCUACGCCGGCGAGUAUACCUUCGAUUGAAACAGUGCAGUCUCUUCCGGUAUCCAGUACAAGCGGAAAUAUGGAAUGCACGAAUGUGAAUGCAUCGUUGCAACAACAGACAGUUGCGCCAAUCCAAAAUCCUGUUUCUAGUAUCGAGAAUCAGAAUACGUGCGAAACAAAAUCGCAAGACCAAGGUGUAGAAGUACAUCAAUCGCCCUUGAGUAGUACGACGCAUCCACAACAAAUUAUAGGACAGCAGCAAUCUAUUAAUUGUCCUCCACAGCAGCCGAUACAGCAGCAAUCAGUGCAACAACCGGCGGUGCAGCUUCACAUGACUCAACCACAAAUAGUUCCACCUCAGGUAACAAUAUCUCCUCAAUCGCAGCUACAAUCGCCGCAACAGUCGCAGAUGAUUCAGCCGCAAUCUGCUCAGAUGAGCCAGCAGCUGCAGCAGCCACAGCAGCAAAUAUCUCAAUCACAACCACAACAACUGCAACAGAUUGCGACCGCUCAACAAUCGCAGAUUCCUCAACCUCAACAACCAGUAUUGAAUCAGGCACAACCGCAACAAAUCUCAACAGCACCUCAAUCACAACUAGGACAACCGCAACAACAAUUGGGACAAGCACAACCUCAAUUGGGAGGACAGUCGCAACCUCAAUUGGGACAGCCACAGGCUCAAUCAUUGGCACAAACGCAAUCACCGCAGUUGACGCAAUCGACGGCUCAGCAAGGUCCAACUUGCGUUACGCAACAGGCUCAAUCGACGACGACGACAUCUCCGCAGGCGCAGGCAUCUCAUAUUCAACCUCAGCAAGUUGCUAUGCAAAUACCACAGAGCGCUCCACUUAUACAGUCUCAGAUGCCUCCACAACUGCAAACACCACCGAUGCAGAAUCAAGCAUCUCAGAUGCAAAAUCAAAAUGCUCAGCAAGUGCCCACUGCGCAUCUGAACGCACAGCAGAUACCCGCGGUUAGUCAAACCGCCGGUAUGGUUUUGCCGCCUCAUCAAGCCACGGUUCCCGUGCCAAAUUCGCAAACACCGCAUCAGUAUCAUCCUGGAGGCGACAUGAUCACCGGUAACACGAUACCGAAUAUGUAUAGUAUGUCGACUAAUCCUACACAAACCCCAGUCGCGACGAGUGGGUUCGGCUCGUCGUGUGCUCCUCUUACGCAUCAUCAAGAGCGAGCUGCUCUGCAGCAGCAGUUGCAAGAACUGUACUGCAUGCCACCGGCUUCGGAAAAUCAAGAAAAGAUUGUUGUCCUACAAGAGAAGUUGCAGGCGUUGCAGCAACACGAGACGAAUGAUCAAUGUAAUGGUGGUCCUCAGUGUAUACUGCAGACGCCGAUGUUCACAGCUGCUGUAGUCGACAGUCCGCAGGUCUCUAGUACUACUGGACGUGGUCGUAGCAAAGGUACACAACGAGCAAAGAAAAGUAGAAAAAAAGCUGACAAAGAGGCGUCUGCGCCUACUAUUGUCCCUCAGCAACAACCUGAGCAGCCAUUGUCAGAUAAUAAAGUCACUCCAGGCGAUAGUAGCAAUAUCGUAGACAGUGUUGCAGACUCGGAAGACAUAAAGCCAUCUUCUGGGGAUAUGGAAGAGGAAUGGAAUAAGGGCAGAAAGUCACGCACGCCACGGAAACCACGUAAACCGAAAGAACCUAAAGAGCCCAAGGAACCAAAACCUAAGAAAGAGCCGAAACCACCAAAGGAACCGAAAUCCCCGAAAGUGGCAAGGAAGAGGAAUAAGGAUAAAGACAAAGAUUCCACAAAACGUAAUAGAAAAAAAAUUAUACAACCCGAAUCUGCUGAUGAUGAUGCUACACGCGAAAACGAAGAAAGUGCUGAAGUGGAUUCUAGUGCUAUUAAGGACGCCGAUACGAAGAUUUGUGAAUCGUCCAUUCAGGGUGAUCAGGAACAAGUAGACUCUUCCACUAACGAACCUCUAACCGAAGUAAAGGAAGAGGGUAAAGAUAAAACAGCAGACGAUGCUCCGGACGAAGAAAAGAAGGAGGAAAAUGCGGAAGCGACUACCGCAUCUUCUGAAAAUGCGACUAGCAGUAAGAAGAAACCUGCGGCUAGAAAACGAUCGAGUACCGGCAAAGCCUCUGGAGGAAAAUCUUCCAGAAGUUCCAAGAAACGAAAGAGUCGCAUUGCCCCUGAUUCCGAUGGUGAAGAAUUAGCGGCGACACCUCCACCAUCACCGGAAGCCGGCGACGAUAUGAAUAAGCGACGUUCCGCGAGAAAUACUCAUCGCAAGAAGUAUGUGGACGAUGUGAUGUUACGUUUCUCUGAUGAUGAUGUUCCUCUGCAAGACGCUCAACUAUCGAAAAAGAUGGAAGGCGCGAACGCUUCAAAGCCCGCUGCCGCUAAAAAGGAAGGCGCUGAAGGUGGCGAAGUCGGACCUAACAAACCUAACUUCGUAUACAUUAACACUACUGAUGAGGAUUCUAUGGUUGUACAACAUAUUUUAUGCUCUCGAAUGGGAAGGAGAGAGGUUAAGCCUGUAAUACCGAAGAUAGAAGCAUCUCCGGAAAAGAAUGGAAACGCAGAUAAGGAAGAAUCUGCUGACAAAGAUGCCGACAAUCCUAUGAAAGAGAAAGAUGACGCUAUCGAGAAAGAAACAAAGACUGAGGAUACAACCAAGGAUGAUGAAAAGAGCGAAAUCAAUAGUGCGAAAAAAGAUGAGGCAAAGAAACAAGAGGAAUCACUUGGGGAUUCUAAACCAGCCGAUACCGCCGUUGUUGAGGCGAAACCACAGUUUAUCGAAAUGGAAGAAUAUUUCGUGAAAUAUCGAAAUUUUUCCUAUUUGCAUUGCGAAUGGAGAACAGAAGAGGAAAUGUAUAAAGGAGAUAAACGUAUUCAAGCUAAACUGAAGAGAUUUAAGCAGAAGCAACAGCAAAAUACGAAUAUUUUCGAAAAUACCGAAGAUGAUCCCUUUAAUCCAGACUUUGUCGAAGUCGAUCGAGUAUUGGAUGAAGCAACUCAUACAGAUCCACAUACUGGAGACACAGUCAGACACUAUUUAGUUAAAUGGCGAUCUCUGCAAUACGAAGACUCUACUUGGGAAUUGGAAGAAGACGUUGAUCCUGAAAAAAUAGCACAGUUUGUGAAAUUUAAUAAAGUGCCACCUAAGGAACAGUGGAAGCCGAAGAAGAAACCUAAUGCUGCAGCUUGGGUAAAGCUGGAGGAAUCGCCGAUUUACAAGAAUAAUAACAGUUUACGACCAUAUCAAUUGGAAGGAUUGAACUGGUUGCUAUUUUCAUGGUACAACGGACACAACUGCAUUCUCGCCGAUGAGAUGGGUUUAGGAAAAACAAUUCAGUCUCUAACAUUCGUGGACGCAGUCUAUAAGUACGGAAUUCGUGGACCGUUCUUGAUCAUAGCACCUUUGUCGACCAUUCCAAAUUGGCAGCGAGAAUUUGAAAGUUGGACCGAUAUGAAUGUUGUAGUAUAUCAUGGAUCUGCAGCGAGUCGUACUAUGCUUCAAGAAUAUGAAGUCUAUUAUAAGAAUGAAAAAGGCCAGCAGAUCAAAGAUUUAGUUAAAUUUAACGUGUUGAUUACAACAUUUGAAAUCAUUAUAACUGACUUUAACGAAUUACGUGGAUACAAUUGGCGACUCUGCGUCAUAGACGAAGCUCACCGAUUAAAAAAUCGAAAUUGCAAGCUUCUCGAGGGUCUGAGACAAUUAAAUUUGGAACACAGGGUACUUUUAUCGGGCACGCCGCUGCAAAACAACGUCAACGAGCUAUUUUCCUUAUUGAAUUUUUUGGAGCCGCAACAAUUUUCGAGCAAUGAGGCAUUUCUGAAGGAAUUUGGUAAUCUGAGCAGCGAGGGUGAGGUAAACAAGCUGCAACUUCUCUUGAAGCCGAUGAUGCUGCGUCGUUUAAAAGAGGAUGUUGAAAAAUCGUUAGCGCCGAAAGAAGAGACUGUUGUCGAGGUGGAACUUACGAAUAUUCAAAAGAAGUAUUAUCGCGGCAUUCUUGAGAGAAAUUUCUCGUUUCUUGCAAAGGGUACUACAUCAGCAAACAUUCCGAAUCUCAUGAAUACGAUGAUGGAGCUGAGAAAGUGCUGCAUCCAUCCGUUUCUACUGAAUGGAGCUGAAGAUCAAAUACAGUUAGAUUAUAAGACUGGCGAAAAGGAGGAUUCCGAGGCGUACUAUCACGCGCUGGUGAAUAGCUCCGGAAAGAUGGUAUUGAUCGAUAAAUUAUUGCCGAAAUUGAAAGCUAGUGGUCACCGAGUCUUGAUAUUCAGCCAAAUGGUAAAGUGUCUAGAUUUACUCGAGGACUAUUUGCUAUAUAAGAAAUACCCCUAUGAAAGAAUUGACGGUCGGAUUCGCGGAAAUUUGCGGCAAGCUGCUAUUGAUCGUUACAGUAAACCCGACUCGGAUCGAUUUGUCUUCUUACUUUGCACAAAAGCUGGUGGACUUGGCAUUAACUUAACUGCGGCUGACACUGUCAUUAUUUACGAUAGCGAUUGGAAUCCACAGAACGAUUUGCAGGCGCAGGCACGUUGCCAUCGAAUCGGGCAGCAAAAGAUGGUCAAAGUGUAUCGUUUACUCUGUCGCAAUACAUAUGAACGAGAAAUGUUUGACAAGGCUUCCUUAAAGUUGGGUCUUGACAAAGCGAUUUUACAAUCUAUGAAUACCAGCCAAAGUGGCAAAGAUCCUAGCAAUAAACAAUUAACAAAGAAAGAGAUAGAGGAUCUAUUGAAGAAGGGUGCUUACGGCGCUAUCAUGGACGAUGAUAAUGCCGGCGACAAAUUUUGCGAAGAAGACAUUGAACAGAUACUCGAACGAAGAACUCAGAUUAUCACGAUAGAAGCCGAGAAAGGUUCGACAUUCUCGAAGGCGAGUUUUGCGUGUUCGUCGAAUCGAUCGGACAUUAAUAUAGACGAUCCUGACUUUUGGAAAAAGUGGGCGAAGAAAGCGGAAAUCGAUACGACAGAAAAGAAGGAGGAGGACGAGCUGGUGAUAUCCGAACCUCGGCGAAGAACACAAAUCAAGCGUUACGGUCACGACGAAUCAGUAGUUGACAUGUCCGAAUUGGACAGUUCGGACGAGAACAGUGACGAUGAUACGAGUAUCGGCCUAUCCGGCAGAAGCAAGAAGCGGCGUGAUAAGUUCAAGAAAACGCGUAAAUUCUACGAUGAAUACGUGCCGCGCGAAGGCGAGGUGGUGUACGGCAGUUGGGCACGUAGCGAAUGCUUUAAAGUGGAGCGCGGAUUAUUGACAUUCGGCUGGGGUCGCUGGGAGGAGAUCCUGCAGCAUAGUCAGUUUCGACGUGGCUGGCGUGAAAUCGACGUCGAGGACUGUGCUCGUGUCAUUCUUCUCUAUUGUUUGCGUUAUUAUCGUGGCGAUGAGAAGAUUCGUAGCUUCAUCUGGGACCUCAUAACACCAGUGGAAAACGGUGAGAAGGUGAAGAGCGUAUCAGUGAACACUGGCAGCAGGAACAGUCGACAGAAAAAGAAAAGUCGCGUCCGGGAAGGUAGGGAAACCAGAGGCUCAGUCAUCAACGGCGGGCCGAAUGAUCCAAAUCACUGGAGCAACGCAGAGAAGUUUGAUGGAGACAUCUUCCUCGAGAGCAAUUACAGAAAGCAUCUCAGUCGACAUGCUAACAAAGUAUUAUUGCGCGUACGAAUGCUGUAUUACAUUAAACACGAGAUUAUUGGCGACCUUGUGCAGCACAUCUCCGAUGGCGUUCACGUCAGUGCGUUGCCGAUAGACCUUCCACAGUUGACGGAACGACCGGCGAAAUGGUGGGACACGACAGCAGACAAAUCCUUAAUAGUCGGCUGCUACAAACACGGCUAUGAGAAUUACGACCAGAUGAGGACUGAUCCCGCGCUUUCUUUCAUUACAAGCUGUCCUCCCUCUUUCCAGAACUCUCAGAGCAAGAGUACCGCCGACAGCAGCAGCAGAGACGAUAAUAGUCUGGAGAACGACGUGGACGAUAGCGAAUCUCCCGGAAUGACGAAAGACUCGAAAGAUUCCGACAAAUUUAGAGAAACACCAGCAGAUUCUCCCGCCAUUUCGAGUAAAGCCGAUACCCCGAUACCAGAAGCUAGUGGCAGUCAUGACGGAAACGAUAGUCUUCUCCCGGACGAUGAAAAAGCUUGGCCAACCGUAGUAGAUCUUAAUACACGAUUACGUCGCGUUAUAUCUUCUUAUCAACGGACCGUUAAUAAAAAGGAGGAUGUUAAAAUUAUGCCGAAAGGUGGCAAAAUGGGAAUGGAAAGUGAAACCCCUACUACCAUAAAUCAUACAGGAAUGAUGCACGAACCGCCCUUGAAUAUGCAAGGGUGGGAUUUGCAACAAUUAGCGAUGUAUCUUUUGAAAAUGGAAAAAAGAGAAAAAAUGGAGGCUAUAGUAAAGGAACGAGAACGCACUCGUAUCGAGGAGCAAAAAGCCAAGUGGACUCGCCGCGAAGAGAGCGAGUUUUUGCGAGUGGUGUCUACAUACGGCGUUAAUUACGACAGAAAGAAAGCUCAGUAUGAUUGGACUAAAUUCAAGAGUAUUGCCAGAUUCGACAAGAAGACGGACAACGAUCUUACGGAUUAUUACAUGUCGUUUAGAGCAAUGUGCAAAAAGGUCUGCAAUGCGAAACUAAACGAAGAAGAAGAUUUUACAGAUGUUCCGGUGGAUCAAUUGAGUCCUGCCAAGGCAAGACAGAUACUCGAUCGCGUCGAUCUUCUGAGUAAGAUUCGCGAGGAAAUUCUGUCGCAUCCCCAUCUCGAGGAACGAUUAUCAUUGUGUCAACCGUCAGGUGAUACACCGGAUUGGUGGCAACCUGGAAAACACGACAAGGAAUUGUUACUCGGAGCUGCGAAGCAUGGUCUCGGCCGCACCGAUAUCACUAUAUUGAAUGAUCCGGACUUUUCCUUUCACAAGCUUCUCGCGAGAGGGAUGUAUGCAGGCACGCAAACACCUAAAACAAUGGACAAGUCUGAAAAAGCGAUAAAAAUCGAAAAUAGAGAAGAUAUCUUGAAGUUUGACAAGGAUGAAAUACUUGUAAAGUUGGAAAAGGGCGAAGGAACUCUAAAGAUUGAAAAAGUUGGAGCGAAGAAAGACAAGGAUCAAAGUGUUGUCGAUAAAAAGUCUGAGAACGCGGAACCCGAGAGUCAAGUGGAAUUGACUAUUGUCAAGACGGAAACUAAAUCCGAAGAAAAAUCAGUCGGUAGCUCGUUGAUGAUCACUACCGUCGCGAGAACGUCAGAUGUGGAAAAUAUCACUGUAAAAAGCGAAGAGAAAAGCGAGCUGGCGAUAGAGCCAGUUAAAUGCGAUAGUAUUAAAGUCAAUCAGACCAGCGUUGCCAAACAGACAGAUGAGAAACUCGCGAAGGAAGUUAAUUUAGAGUCUGCCGAGAGUCCUGCUGUUGUGGAAAUCGAAAAAGAAGAUAAGGUUCAAGAGAAAGAUAUUAAACAAGAAGCUGGAUUCGUCGAAAAAUCGAAUGAAUCACAAGCGCAAGAUGUCGAGAAAACGGAAACAGUCGAGAAAAAUGAUACAGAAAUUAAAGAAAACAUUGACAAGAAUACUGAGAAUACCGAGUCUGCUAUCGAGGAUGACAAAGCUGGCGUAAAGUCGGAUAACGCGCCAGCUAAAGAAGAAAUCGAGACACAGGAAGCGAAGAGCUCCGAUAUUGCCAAAGAAAAAACGAAGAUUUCGCAGAUCGAGGAUAAGUGCAGUGUCCAGGCUGCGGAAUUGAAGGCGAUGUUCCCCGAUCUGGAAGUAAUACAACCAUUAUCACGAUUAACACAGAUCGAUACAUUCGUUUUACGAGACAAACCAGCAGAUUACAAUAACGAGCCUACAAUGAUGCAGCUCUUGGCGCAUGGUUGUGCGACUACAUCAAUAAAGUGGCCGAAGGAGCAUGCAAUCGAGGCUCGUUUAAUGCACAUUGUGCACGCGAUAGAGCAUAAAGAAUGGCCAGUAUCGGUGAACUUUAGCGCCGGCGAAGAGAUGGAUAUUUCGCAAAACGAAAAGGAAUGUUCGGAAGUAAUAACUAUCACGACGGAUCACGGAGUGUCUAGGUCAAUGGUGAGCGGAAAUAACAUGUCCGCUUCGAAGAAGCGUAAGAGGCACAUCGCUAUCGAUGUAGAAACCGAACGAGCCAAGCUUCACGCGCUUCUCAACAGCAGUCAUCUGAGCACACCGUCGCCAGCACCACUCAGCAAGCCAGUUCUUUCGACCAACUGGGAGAUGAAUGAUGAAUCUCAAUCCGAAGAAUCGCGACGUUCUACACCUGUUCAGCCACCACCGGCGCAUCAGCAAACUCGAACGCCGAAUAUGCCCUUCGAUCUAAAGUAUACCGUUCCGGGCAAAACGACUGUUAUACCUGGGACAUCGAGCACGUUAACGCCCAUCGAUUUGUCUGCUGGAUAUCCAAAAUCAAGCUCCGAUAAUAAUAAGGAUAUUAUGAACGAAGUACAAGACUUUUCCAUGCCGAACAAAAAUAAACAAGUCAGCAACAAAGGAAAGUUGGACAGUAUGCUGGACAAACUUAUGAAACGGAAAUCUUGCCCGACGGAGGAGCCGAUAAUUGGAAAGGAGAAAAAACGCAGAAAACUCGACGAGAUAGUAUUAGGCUUGAGUGCCGCAAAGGAGCAACAGAGCAGUCAUUAUCCUGAGCACAAAAAGAAUACGAUUAUGCCUAACGUGACUGUGACACCGACGUCGGCGCCAAUGGGGCUUCCCAAUCCUCAAACCCAGAAACCGUUCUCUAUUACAGUUACGACAGUUCCGUCUUCGCUCGCCUCGAGUUCCUCAGCAUCCGUUUUACCACCGCCGUCGUUGCAUUCUCACAAGGAUACCUUCUCUGCAUUGUUGGUUCAAGCCGAACAGCAGAAUCGCGAAUUGAAAAAACAACAGCAGCAUCAACAACAACAGCAACAGCAGCAGCAGCAGCAGCAACAACAACAACAACAGCAGCAGCAGCAACAACAACAACAACAACAACAGGCAUUCAAUUCGGCGCAUCCAUCUUCUUCGACCAGCAGUCACAGAAAGAGUUACGAAGCAAUGAUUGCAGACAUUAAUAAAGUCGCCGAGUACUCAUCCAAAGUCGGUUCGUAUUCACACGAAGCAAAAGUGAACAAAUGGUUGGCCGAACAAAGCGCCAUGUCGGAACAAUGCGCGGAAUAUCUGAAUGCUCCUCGACGGCGUAGACCGCGCGUCGAUCCGUCCUUAUUGGAUUGGAAAAAGCUUACUGGCGAGGAGAAUGUUGCCGUUAUUAAUCGAAUAACCGGCAAAAAGGUAACUGGAAGCAAAGCGCCUCAGUUGAAACGACUCGGACAAUGGCUUAUGGAGAAUCCGAUGUUCGACGUGGAUCCAAAAUGGGCGGAACUCGUGAAGGAACGUGGUAAUCUUCCGCACGAUUUGCAAAAGAGAUUACCGGGUAACGAACGCGGUGGUGUGAACAAAGGCAAGAGCCCGGGUAGACCGUCCAUGAUGCCCAGCCCUACGAGCCAGCAGUCGGCGAAUUCUGCUAAUUUAGUGGCCACGUCGAUGGCAUCGGGUCUCAAUUUCCCACUCGGCAAUCUCAACAAUUCCCUACUGUCAGGUCUAUCGCUCGGUAACUUUGAUCCGAAGAAUAAUCCAUUACUGAUGCCAUUUGGCGGUUUAACGAAUUUGGGCGCGCUCAGUGGCCUGGGUAAUCUCGGCAAUUUGGGCAGCAUGGGCCUAACGAAUUCGCUAUUCGCCAAUCUGGCUGGACUGAGUCUACCAUCAUUGGCGGGCAUGGAGGCGGCAUUAAACGCACAGGUAGCGACUAGCAGCGCAGCAGCAGUAGACGCCGUGAAUAAUCCUGUCGUGAGUUCGGCGAGUGGCGGCAAGAGCGGCGGUGCGGGUUCAUCAUCCGGCUUAAACAGCAGUGGUGGAGGUAACAGUGGCAGUAGCAGCAAGUCGCGCGGCAAACUCGAUCAACCAGCGACCAGCAAAUCAUCAGCCGCUGGUGGCCCAUCGACCUUAUCAGCUUCCUCUGCGACCAGCCUCCCGACUCCUUCACCGUUUCCAUUCUUCCUAUCGAAUCCCAGCCUUCUGUAUACGCCGCUAGGUCUGGGAGGCUUGAAUCCGUUUUCCAUGCAACCUGGAGGUGUGUCGUCGGCCUAUGAGAGUCUCGCUCAGUGCGGUCUGUUGAAUCCACCGACAUCCAGCGCUUCUUCUGUGUCACGGAAACCCACAUCUUCGAGUAGCAGCUCGAGGCAGCGUGAAGCUGUACCGGAAUCAUCUACGUCAUCAUCGUCAACGUCAUCGUCGACGGCGGCAAAACGAAAGGAGGCCGAGAAGAAGGCGUCUAGAUAUCCUCCAGUGGAUCCGACUGCGACUCUGCAACAGUAUACGGAUAUGGCGGCAUUGCACGGCAACGAGGACAGACGUGGCCGCAGCGUCGAGCGUCAGCAACAGCAACAACAUGAAAAGAGGGAAACAACGACGAUGGAACAAGUCGAUGUAAUGGCAGCGGAUCUAUCUGAGAAGAAGACCGAGCGAAAGAGCAAAGAGCAAGAAAUGAAAGAGGCUCUGGAACACCUAAGUAGGACUAGUGCCGAGCUGGUUACUCGAACAGUCGACGAUGCACCGCCGAAGCAUGAAAAGCUUCCGAGGAAUCGUAGCAAUAAUACAGAUAGCAACAAUCAAAAUCCCGAUCAGCAACAACGAUCGACGCCAUCGGCACCAUCGUCGCUCGAGGUCACCCUAGAACCCGUUGCUAAGAAGAUGCGUACCGAAAUGGACACGAGCUCAAAAUCGUCCUCAUCGAAUAACGAUCUACCGACGAUUGAGAUUGAGCCUGUGACGAGACAAACGUUGCCGACAACACCGACAAAGGCGGUGCAACCGCCGCCUUCGCAAGAUGAGAGCAAUGCUUCGUCCGUGGAAACGAAUACCGCGACGAAAAAGGAAGUCAACGAGACAGCGACGACACCGACAACACCGACAACGUCAACGUCGACAUCGACGUCGACGUCGACGUCAACGUCGACUGCAAAUACGACAACGUCGCCAUCGACGACGCAGAAGAGCGACACUUCUAAUAAACCUGCUGCGUCGGAAGCGGAAGAGGACGGUAAGGGCGGUACCAAGGCAAAGAAGGCGCGUAGCGGUAAACGAUUGAGCGUGGAACCGCCACCGGAGCGGAAGAAUCUUCGUUCGAGCGCUGGUAGACAGGCACGAGCGGCUGCAGAACGACAGGCGCGAAUGGAAGGAGAGAUGCAGCAGCAGCAGCAACAGCAGCAGCACUCCGAGCAACAGCAGCAAGACAGUCAUGUGGCCGGCGAAUGAGCCAUGAGGAAUCGUCGCUCAUGCUGAAACAAUGAGUAACGAUCACCUAGAACAAUCCCGUGGCGAUCUGACAAAAGGAAAUUGUGGACACGCAGUCACUGCCCCACGUUUUUUUCUAUUUCUAUUCCACUGCUCGCACAACGAAGAUCUAUAUAUGUAUAUAGAUAGUUUCCUGUUUGACAAUGAUCGGCGCUUGUGAAAGUGUUGUUGCUUGAAAACAGAUUAAUUAAGCACAAGUGCAUCGAAAGGAGGCUACAAACAUUGGUAGAAUCUGCCGUAGCUUUCAAUUCAAUUCUCCAAUGAUGUAUGUAUGUGUGUGUAUGUGUGUGUAUGGGAAUAAAUGGAACUCCUAUAUUCUGGAGAUGGAUUAUGUAAAGGAUGAACUGCAUAUUAUUGACAGCAGUGUGACAGUGCAGGUUUGCAAAAGUUGCGAGAGACGAGUCUCUCAAAUAAGAAGGCUGCGAUAGUAUUUUAUGAUUCGAUACUUUAUGUAGUAAUUAAUUUUUAAUUGCGUAAUAAUAAACGAUAUAAUAAAGGUAUAAUUUUGUUAAAUUUAUUAUCUUAUACUAUAUCUUAUUGGUUUUGAUCAGGGACUGUUUUAUAUACGAGAUAUAUUAUAAAAUUUUGUGUACUCGCUAUUGCGCAUAAAGCAAUUUCAAAGCAAGAAACACAAAGCGAAAUAUAAUCGUAAUGUAGAAAAAAAAUAAUUACAGUAAUAACUUAAUAAAAAGAUAAAACUGUAAAUAUUAUACACAUUAUGCCUAGAGACAGUAAGCAAUGUACUUGGAAAAGAAAAUGUAUAUAACGCAGUGUACUUUUAAUUACAUUAGGUGAAAUAAUAAACAGCUUCUUUUGUUGUUUGCAAAUA